AUGUGCUUCUUCACGACAAGCCCCACCCAAAGGAUGUUCUCAGAGGUCGCCAUCGACCUUCUUCGGGCUUUGGGGAGCGAUUACGAGGCGCAGCUUUUUCGCAUUCUGACGUAUUCUGCCAACCCGAUAGAGGAAAGACCCACAGAGGCCAGUGCCAGCGUGGCCCCCUCGGCGGCCCCCUCGGUGGCCCAGCUGGCUGGGCGGUUUCAGGAGCAGGCGGCGGCCAAGGAGAUGCCCGCCAUGCCAGCCAGUAAACCGAGAAGGAAGCCGCCGUGCUCCCUCCUCCUGUUCCCCCCAAAGGCGGAGCCGGGCCACAGCGAUGAGGCGAAAUCACCAUCCAGCGCGAGCCAGCCCCCCAAAGUCAAGGUGAAGAGCUCGCCUCUGAUCGAGAAGCUUCAGGCCAAUUUAGCCUUCGACCCAGCGGCCCUGCUGCCGAGGGCCUCACCCAGGAGUCCUGGACUCAAGGCCGCGGUGUCGCCAUUCCACAGCCCGCCGUCCACCCCCAGCAGCCCUGGCGUGCGGUCUCGGCCCGGCGAGCCAGAGGAAGUGCCCGUCAGCUUCGACCAGCCUCCGGAAGGCAGCCACCUGCCCUGUUACAACAAGGUGCGGACGAGGGGCUCCAUCAAAAGGCGGCCCCCCUCCCGGAGAUUCCGAAGGUCCCAGUCGGACUGCGGGGAGCUGGGCGACUUCCGAGCCGCAGGGUCUCCCCAGGAGAACGGGGCCCGGGAGGAAGAUGGGGACGAGGUGUUCCCCCCCAAGGGCGAGGGGGCAGUGGGGAAGGAAGGCAGGAGGAGCCCCGGGCCCCGCGAGGAGCGCCCCCUGAGGAGGACGGCCAGCUGGACGGAGAAGCCGGAGGAGAAGGGUCCGGCCUGGGAGGGGGCCGCACCGGACGGCCGAGGGGAGGCCAGCGAGCCGCCCGCUGCCCCGGGCUCGGAGGCCAAGGACGGGAGCCCCUCGGGGGAGACCCCAGCCCAGGAGCAGGUGGAGGAACUCGCCGAGCUGGAGGAGGAUGGGGUAAAGAGCCAAGACGAGAAGCCGCCGGAGGAGGGGGCUGUGCCGCAGGAGACCCCGCAGAGUCCCCCCGGAGGGGCGGAGGGGAAAGGCCAGGAAAAGCCGGAGGAGGAGGCCGCUCCGGAGCCAGGCCACAGCCCCAGGACCGGCCAGGCCGAGCCGGAGACCAGCGGCGAGGUCCCCAAGACAGAGUGCCAUGACCCCGUGUCCCCCUUCCUCAUCUCUGCAGUCACGAGUCACCCCUAGCAGAUCUCCCGGUCUCCAGACCCGCCCCGUACCUGGGCAGCGGAUCCAUCUUCCUGCAAACGCCAGCUCGGCCGUCUGCCCUCCCAGCCCCAAACCGCUUCCCCGCUCUCUCUCCAAUCCAUCCUUCC